UACUCGGUUAUUCAAGCCAAAGUUGAAUACCCACUACCUUUCGUCAUCUGUGAAGAUGUACCAGCUGAUUGUGAGGUUUUAAGAAUCCCAUAGAAAUUCAAAGUUUGCAAGCUAAGUGUUCCCAUGCAACUAUACUUGUCAUUUAUGACAUGAUGCAUGUCACCAGUACUUAGUAUUUUAGGAAAGAGUUAACUGGGAGUUGUCUUUGCGUUACGUCCAACUACUCUGUCGGUGCUGACCUUUUUAGAAGGGCGAUCUUUUUGAUCAAAUAAUCCUGAGCAUGGAUAAAGGACUUGCGACUAUUGUCCAUGCCUAGACCCAAUCAUUUGUAAGCAACGUAAAGCGCAGUGCUGUACACAUACAGAAUAUAAUAGAGUUGACUGUUACAUCAUAAGGUUAAACUUAUUUUAUGUUGAUCAUGAGUCUUUUUUAUCCCACUUUUGUUGAGCUAUGGUAAAUCUGUUUGAUCCAAUUGGUUGGCCUUCUAGGAUGUUAGGAUGAUGCGUCGAUAAAUUGUUGUCAUCAUUACUGAUUUCAUACAAUGCCGACAAUUUUUGUAUGUUGGUGGACGACCAGUCAUCCAAAACCCUUUUGACUUAGUGGAUGGUCGAAUUCAUGGCUGAAGUCGGACAAGAAUUACAUCUUACAGGUAAUUGCUCAGUCAAACCAUCUACACCAACAAGUGGGAAACGAAAAUCUUCUAGUCGGUUGAGUUUGUUUCAUUCAACUGCUAGGAAAUCACGAGCAUCUGCUGGUGAUUUAAAUUUACCCACCCCUAAUGGUGCUUUGACCUCGCUAACUGAUGGAUCUUCUUCAGACUUACACGACACACCGAUGCGUGCUAAACUCGAAAAAAGGCAGCAUCGUAUUUUCGAAUUUUUUGUGACAGAACGAAACUAUGUUGAGAUUCUACGUUAUUUGUGCUUGAGCGCUUAUCCACAAGUUAUCGACGAAAAUCAACCAGGUGGACCUGUUUUGCCGCGACAGGAAGCUGAUUUCGUGUUUGGCAAGCUUGGUGCUAUUUAUGAACUACAUGAUCGUUUACAACCUCAGUUUAAUGAGCUGGAAAAUAAUUGGUCGUUAUCUGAAAGUUGUCUUGGGAAUGUACUUCAGCUUAGUUUGUUGACUGAAAUGGAUAGAGCAUAUGGGAAUUAUAUGCAAUUUUACAGUCCACCACAUUUACACCACCUUGGUGAACAAUUUCCGCGUUUUCAUGCUUUCAUGCGUCAAGUUGAAAAAAGGAAAGAAUCUGGUCGUCAAAGUUUGACAGCUUUACUAGUUCGUCCAGUCCAACGACUUCCUUCGAUCUCACUUUUAAUGGAUGGCAUUGCCAAAUUCACACCUCAAUCACAUCCAGAUUACAACGCAGUUAAAGAGUUUGCUAAAGGAAUUAACGAGCUAUUGGCUAAAAUAAAUGAUCGGUUAAGGAAAAAUGAAGAACGCCUGUCUUUAUUAUCUUUAUAUCAUGAAAUUAGUGGUGCCCCGGUAAGUUCUUUUCUCUAGAACAUUCCACACAGUAUUAUUUACCGUAUAUAUGCCACGUAAUUUGCUUCUGUAUUUCUUUCGAAUCGAUAAUGUUGAUUUCAGCCUGAGAUGUUAUCUUCCUCUCGAAGUCUAGUGGCAAAACUUAACGUCUUUGAAUUAGGAGUAAGCGCUUCUGGAAAUACAACUUGCGAACCUGUGACACUUUUCUUACUAUCCGAUAGUUUGGAAGUAGCUCGUCCUCGUAAACGAUUUACUGGUGAACCUCUUGCACACGCUAUUCGAGCCGCGCUAGCUGCAGUACAAGGUGAAGGGUCUGAACACAACUUCGACGGUAAUCAUGAUCAAACUUCAAUUAACAAUGGCGAUUUUUCAUCAAAUCCAUCAACAAAUACUGCUUUAAGUGGAGUUUCUGUUUCUCGGACUGGUUCAGGUGCAUCUGGGACAAGUGUGGUGAACCUCGGUCUUAUGGAAGGCAAACAAAGGUGUUGUUAUAAGCAUUUACAGUUACUGAAAUUACAGGAAAUAAAACAAGUGGUCAAUUUUGAUACUGCCUCUCCAGACCGAGCUGCUUUCGGUUUAGUGGUACGUUCCAGUUCCGAGGUUGAUGAUCGUGUUCAUGCUUAUUGCUUGGCUGCCAGUUUUGCAGCCUCAGCGGCAGUUGUCAGCGGGAAGUGUCCAGAACCUGUUGAAUCAGCAGUUGCAGCGGCCACAGCAUCCGGACAGAUUUCCAAUGCAGUCAGUAUAGAUACCUCACCAUCAAAUAUAACUACUAAUUCAAACAAUUCACAUGUAGCAAUGUUACAGGCGUGUGUUGGUGAAGCCAAACGUGUUUUUCUUCACAGAUUAUGCCAUCAUAUUUGUCUUGUUUCAUGUAUAGCAAAGAAUCCAGAAGAAAUACUAGUAGAUGUCGAACCAGAAGAAUUACUCGGUUUUGACUUAGAACAAGUUUUUAACGCAACUGCUUUGGCUUUAUCUUCUAAAAGAAUCACGCGACAAUUAACCCGCAAUAUAUCUAUAAAAACCCCUCGCCGUCUACCAGCUUCUGCCAAACGCCAAUUCGGGGCACAGCCUCCACAACCCCCUAGCACUCCAACUUCCCAUAGAUUACAGGUUCCGAUUGAGAUGGAUGAAAGUCAAACAACAGACAUGUAUCUUAUCCCAAGUCCAAGACGUUCAAUGCUUGGUUCAUUUCUGGGCUCAUCUUGUACAUCAUUAAGCAACUUCCUAAACACAGCCUUGCGUACUAAUAACAAUCUAAAUAAUAUUAAUCAUGGAAAUUCCGCGCUCAAUCGUGCUAUGCUACCUCCUAGUCGUUUAGCUAUGACGCCUAAACCGAUUCGACGUCUUCUACCUCGUUCAUCCAGACAAAAUUCAUUCGAUGAUCUUGAUUUAAAUGAUGAUGAUGAUGUUCCUUUCUCUCAACUUGGAAGUUCUCUUCUUAGUUUAACAAGUCUAGACAGUCUCUCUACACUGGAUAAUCCUGUUAAUCGAGUUGAUGUUGUUUCUAACCGCAAUACUCCUAAUCUUAAGUGCCGUGCCGGUAGUGCUGUUUGGGAGUCUGCAAGUCAUCUUGGUUUCAGUACAUCAGAUGAUGUUCGUCAUUCAUUCAGAUCACCAUCCGGAUCGUUUCUUGGCGGUUUUGAUGAAGGUUGCUCUAGAAAGCAUGGUAAAAAGCAGAAAAAACCGAAACUUCGUGCUGUAAGUCAAAUGUUUCAGAGAUCUUCAAUUAUGGUUAAAGCAAAAGAGUCAAGGAAAAUAGGCUCUGAAAAAAUUGACGCUGAGUUAAAUUCUCAAAAUUCCCUUCCUAGUUCCCGCCGUGACAGCUUAUUUCGUGGUCUGUUUUUCAGAAAAAAUUAAUUUCUUAUGCUUCCAUGUACACAUUAAUAUUCUCAUCUUGUUUGACCGAACACAUUUGUUCGCUUGUAUAAAAUUUCAUUCAAGAUAAAUUUUUAUAACAGUAAUACUACUAAUUAUUUGCAUUUUACCAUAUAGUGAUAUAUGUAAUUAAUUACAAUGGUUUAUUCUUCGUAAUCGCCUUCUAUAAAUUCUUAGUUAUAUUUUUAUCUAAAUUCGCAUAAUAGCUUUUAAUGUUUUACUAAAUGUAUCUCACGCUAGGAGGCAUUCAGAGAUUAACUGCUACUUGCUGUUUUUAUUCAAGCGCGAGUGUCAUUCACCAAAUGACAUGGAUUGAUGUUGUUACAAAUAGAAUGAAUUUCGAACUACGUAAUGAGUGAUCAUGUCUACUAGUUGGGAAGCUUUACGGUGGAUAUAAACGUCAAUAUACGGUACGUGUAUCAAAAUUAAAUCACAAUCUGAAAGAUAGAGGUGGCUCGACUUUCAAACACUAUGCCCUAGGUUCGAACCCACCCUCAUAUACUUUAUAUUAGACAGUUUGCUUGUAUCACUACCACCUAGUCAGUUGGUCAUACGAAAUGUAGAACCUGACACUUAUGUAAUUUGAUAUAAGUCUUCACACCGUAUUAACACAGUAUGAUAACAUCAAGGC